AUGCCUAGUAUAUCAGUGAAUUCCGGAUGUAGCCGUGGAUAUAAGGUGAACCUGACCUGGUGGUGUCUUCCUGUGCACUCUACAAUCGAGGGGUACGAGAAAAAAAUCGAUCGACUGCUGGCUGGGGUGGCCCCAGCCGAAAUCGUUGAGCACCCACCCGGCUGUGCCGAGCCAGCGGUCACCCAUCACUAUCUCACACCAAUGAUCUGCAGUCGCCUUGCACCCACAUUCCUUAGGUGCUCCAGCACUUUACGACACAUUACGGUCACAGCAAUGUCAACAUGUCAACCACCAGCAUGUCUUCAAAAAGAUAUGGACAUACCGCCACGGCAAUUAUUCGGCCCAGGACCAUCAAAUAUGCGAGAUGUGAUCGCCGAAUCGCAAUCUCGAUCCUUAUUGGGACAUCUACAUCCUGAAUUUAUUAAGGUGAUGUCAGACACUCGAGAAGGUCUCCAAUACAUCUUCAAAACAAAAAAUGCUUACACUUUUGCUGUCAGCGGGACAGGACAUGCUGGCAUGGAAUGUGCUGUAAUAAAUCUUGUGGAAAGAGAUGAUGUGUUUUUGGUGGUGGAAAUUGGUAUCUGGGGGAAGAGAGCCGCUGAUCUUGGAGCUAGGAUUGGAGCCAAGGUGCAUACGGUCACCGCACCACACGGUUGUGCCGUCGAGGUGGAAGCGAUUGAAGAGGCUCUUGCUAAGUAUAAACCGGCCGUACUGUUCGUUUGUCAUGGUGAGAGCUCAACUGGUGUAUGUCAACCGUUAGUGGGACUUGCAGAAGCAUGUCAUCGUCAUGGGACCCUACUACUGGUGGACACGGUGGCGUCACUGGGGGGAGCAGAGUUUCGUAUGGAUGACUGGGAUGUGGACUGUGUGUAUUCGGCAACACAAAAAGUCCUGAAUGCACCACCAGGAUUGGCACCAAUUUCAUUCAGUGACAGAGCAAUACAAAAAAUCAAAAAUCGAAAGGAACGCGUGCCAUCGUUUUAUUUUGACGUUCUCGAAUUGGGUAACUACUGGGGAUGUGAUGACCAGGCAAAGCGAUACCAUCAUACGGCUCCUAUUUCGUCCGUCUAUGCGCUUCGAGCUGCACUUGCUGUCAUCGCGAAAGAGGGGAUCGACGAAGGAGUGCGCAGACAUGUAGAAAAUGCGAAAUUUCUCUACGAGAAACUAAAAGAAGAACGGUUGGAAUGUUUUGUUGAACAAGAGAAAUGGCGUCUACCAUGUUUAACGACAGUAAAAGUUCCGGAAGGAGUCGAUUGGAAAGGAGUAAUGGAAGAAAUGAUGAAACAAGGCACAGAGAUAGCCGGAGGGCUUGGACCAACGGUGGGAAAACUCUGGCGAAUUGGUACCUUCGGAGGGAACUCGGACAAGCAGAAGAUCGAAAAAGUGGUAAAGCUGCUUGCGGAAACGAUAAAGAAGAAAUCAAAUAUUUAA